AUGGUGCGCAUUACAGUUUUUCUUCUAUCCCUUUCCAUCUGUUUGAUGUGGGUCUAAAGAAGAGCAACUUUAAACUUUCGGUAGGCAACAAGCAAUAACAUAUCGAGUAAAUCAUUGUGCCCUUUGCUUUGGGAUUGGAUCCAUAAUCAUUAAUCAAUAUUAUUCUUGCGGAAAGUGUUAAAUCAUUUUCUUCCUUCCUCCCGCCGUUGCGCCGCUCUUUUAUUUAUAUAUUUCAACCUUACCACCAUUCUUAUCUCUUUCUGACUUCAAUAAUGCCCAUAUUCGGCCAUCUACUAUAAUUAAUAUAAACACAAAAUUACACGAAUGAAGCAAAAUAGGAGCUUUGUAUCAUGGUUUGGUUGAGGAUAGAAAAUAAUUGCUUGUUUUACAACUUCUCAUUAGUUUAAACCUGCUUACAAUUUUGAUAAUUAAUUUUAACAGAACAGAACAAAUACAAAACCUUAAUGUUAAUAAGCUGGUUCUAAGAUAUUGAAUCAUUCAAUAAUUUAAUGAAACAGUGGAUAAAAUCAUAUAAUAAAAGGCAUUAUUGGAGCAAUAUGUUAGGGUGAAGUGUCGAAAGGCAAAUCAUAAUCAUUACACAAAAACUGAAAGACAAUAUAAAUAUAAACUGUGAAUAAAAUAUGGCCCUAGCAGAGGCAACACCAAUGCAGCGUUAGAGUUGCUAACCUUUUAAGAACAUAUGUCCCCAUUAAUAAUUACAGUUUAUAAUAUAUAAUACAAUGCUGAAGAUACUGCUUUUCCAACUAGUCCUCUCAAUCUAUUAUAUAUAAACCCUAUUCAUUGCUAUCAAUCAGUCAUCACAAAAUGGGUGCACUUGAUUACCUCUCCCACUUUUGCACUGUAACCACCACUAGGACCAAGCACAAACCAAUGCAGACAGUUGAGAUUAAAGUGAGAAUGGACUGCGAUGGUUGCGAAAGAAGAGUCCGAAAUGCAGUCACUUCACUAAAAGGGGUGAAAUCUGUGGAGGUGAACAGAAAGCAGAGCAGGGUGGUUGUGAGUGGAUACGUGGAUCCAAACAAGGUGUUGAAGAGGGUAAGGAGCACAGGGAAGGUGAGAGCUAAGUUUUGGCCAUAUGUGGAGCAGCAUCUUGUGUACUAUCCAUAUGCCACAGGAGCAUAUGACAGAAGAGCACCUUCUGGAUAUGUCAGAAACGUUGUGCAGGCCUUUCCAGAUCCUCCCCAAGACAACUUUCUCUCCUUCUUCAGUGAUGACAACGUCCAUGCAUGUUCCAUCAUGUAAUCCAUCACCAUCUCCCUCAAAUCAAAUAAAACAAUAAUCUUUCUUCUUCA